CCGAGGUCAGUAACAGCUGCGUGUUGUUGUUCGAAGCCCGUGCCACAAGACGAAAAAAAAACGGCGUUCCAUUUUUAAAUUUUCAAUUUUAUCUGUGGUUUUGUUUUGGAGCGUAACUGACUAAAAAUGAAGCUCAAAUCGGAACUAAUGAUCCAGCCAAGUGGGGAAGUAUGGAAAAAGAUAAGAGUGGAGUUGAAAGAAGACGUCAAUACAAGAGAUAGAGACCUGGCCAUCAUCAAGGAGUGGCUCCGGAAGCAACCGCACCUGCCUGAUCAAUGGGAGGACAAUCCCCUAAUGACCUUUCUCCGAGGCAGUAGCUUUUCUCUCGAGAAAUGCAAGCGCAAACUGGACAUGUACUUUACAAUGCGUGCUGCGUGCCCUGAGUUCUUUACCAAUAGAGAUGCAUCUAGCUCGCAGUUGAGAGAUGUGCUGAAGUGUAAGCUCCAGGGUCCACCACUUCCUGGAGUUACACCAAAUGGAAGAAGGGUUACUAUAUGCAGAGGUCUCGACGCAAGUCUAUCCCCCCAACAAGUGACUGACAGCUUGAAACUAGCCCUUAUGAUCGGUGAUGUUCGUCUCAUGGAGGAAACAGAAGGCGUAGCUGGCGACAUCUAUGUGCUGGAUGGCGCAGUACUUGGCCCCAGUUUGUUGGCCAAACUGUCGCCAUCUAUUAUCAAGAAGUUUAUGAUCUGUGUUCAGGAAGCCUAUCCAGUGAAGUUGAAGGAAGUUCAUAUAAUUAACACAUCUCCGUUAGUGGAGAGAUUCGUUACACUUAUCAAACCUUUCCUCAAGGAGAAAAUAAGGAAACGCAUUUUCAUUCACAAAGAUAUCAAGGACUUAUACAAGUACAUUCCACAAGAGAUGAUGCCAGUUGAAUAUGGUGGUAAAUGUGAAAGCAUGGACUCCUUACAAGAGAAAUGGACCCAAAAACUGAUCGAAUACCGCGAAUGGUUCAAAGCGCAAGAUGCGUUAGUUGUGAACGAGAAACUCCGUGUUGGCAAACCGACCAACUACGACGAACUGUUUGGCAUUGAUGGCUCUUUCAGACAAUUGGCUAUUGAUUAGUUGUUUAAUGGCCGUUUUUUCAAUCCUUGGUUAAAACUUUAAAAGUA